AUGCGUAGUUUCUCGCACAAGGCUUCCAACACCGUGGACGCCUUUCGCUACCCCGUCCACUCGUCCGGGCACUUCACGACCACCUUCUUCGCGCCAAUCUUGGGCACCAAAGUCCUUCAAAACCGACUUAGCCAACCGCCUAUUCCCGACCACGCAUGGAUCCUGGUUCACUCUCUCGCCGGGAGUGAAGAUCUCGAUAGUCAAGGUCUGGAGGUCCAGCAUCUUCAUCCCAGCCAGCUGCUUGAUCACCAACAGCCACGACGGAUCCUUCGAGAUCAGCUCCUACCUCUGCGCCGGCUCUGGAUAGCCAUCGACCACGUCCCGUGGAAUCGUGACCUGCACGCUGAGCACCUUCAACAAGUUCCGAGUAUGGAAUGGUGGGAAGAGGAACGUGUGCUGGUAUCGGCGAGAUUGACCCAUCCAGAGCGUGUUGCGGAAGAGGUCGAGUCCAGUGCCGAUGACGAGGUCCUUGUGAACACCGCAGCGACGAUCUUCCAUCGGGUCGGCGCCGAUCUGCUCAAUGAUGCUGUUGGUGAUUUCGACAGGAAGGCUGAAGAGGGUCUUGACUUCUUUGGUAGGUUUGAGUUUCUUCACCGCUACGGCUUGCAUGCUGGAGUUGCGACGCUUCAUACCCGCCAUGUUGAGCAGUCGUGCGCGUGUGGAGAGGUGAGACGUAGCAACGAUCGACGGGAUAAUGUUGAUGAGUCGAUGGAGGUGUCGUAG